AUGUUAUUUAAUGAGAUAAUAACAAUCUUAUCUGAUUCUGAAUUAGAAAUAGAGGCUGAUGCUGCUGCAAACGGAGAAGGCAGCUUGCAGUGUAAUGAAGCAUGGCCGUCAGUUGACACUGCUUCUUUGUACACAGCUGCAGCGCAGAUGGAUGAAAUGAAUGAAACUCAGAAACACGGCGCAGUAUCUCCUGGCGCUAAUGAGGCUAAUGGAUUUUACCAGCUAGAUUUGUUAACAAUUGGCCAAUUUAGCGAAGAGUCUAUAAUAGACACUAUAUUCUUAGCUUUAUGCCCAGACAGUUCUAUUCAGACUCCGAAGCUGCCUUCUAUAUCACCAGCAUUUAGAUUGCCUUAA